GGAGGGGCUGCGGCGGCGAGAUGAAUCGCGACCAAUGGCAAAGCAGGGCCGGGACAAGGAGCUACCAAUGGGAGCGGGUCGGGCCCGGGACCUGGAGACGGUGUGAGCGGCGCAGCGCCCUGAAGCCAUGGCGACGGAGGUGAAAGGGAGCGGGCAGACGCUGGAACAGUUCGUCCUCCUCGCCAAGACAGCCAAGGGGGCAGCCCUGGAGUCGCUCAUCAACCAACUGCUGGAGGUGCCCGGCGUCUACGUCUUCGGAGAGUUCCUCGAAAUGCCCAACGUGCAGGAGCUGAUGGGGGGCCCGUUCACUCAGUGUUACCAACUUCUGACCCUCUUCGCUUACGGGACGUUUUCCGAUUACCUGGCCAACUCUGGCACCCUCCCGGAGCUGACUCCGGCCCAGAAGAACAAACUGCGCCACCUCUCCAUCGUCACCCUGGCGGACAAGCUGAAGUGUAUCCCGUACUCGAUGCUGCUCCGUGAGUUGGGCCUGCACAACCUGCGCGAGCUGGAGGACCUGAUCAUCGAAGCCAUCUACGCGGACAUCGUGCAGGGGAAACUGGACCAGCGCAACGAGCUGCUGGAAGUAGACGCCAGCAUCGGGCGGGACAUCCGGCCCCAGGACGUGCGGACCAUGGCCCGCACCCUCCAGGAGUGGUGUAACGGCUGUGAAGCGGUUCUCUCUGGGAUCGAGGACCAGAUCAGUCGAGCCGAUCAGUACCGCGAACACCAGUUACAGCUCCGACAUCAGAUCGAGACCGAGGUGAACGAUGAAAGCCUCUUCUCAACCGCUCCCCACCGCCCACCCUCCCCUCCUCCUCCCGUCCCACUCACCCGUCUGACGAUCACGGCCCAUUUCAGUCCCCUCAGACCCCGAGUCACCGACCCUUCAGCCUGUCCUCCAAUGCUGGUCCACGUUCCUGUCCCUGUCCCCGUCCGAGCCGGACCCCUCUGCUCCCGUUUGGCCUCGAUCCCUCUAAACCUUCCCUGCCCCUGUCCCUGUCCGAGUGUCGUUAAUUUCCCCGCCUCGCCCACUUCCCCCG